UAGUCUACUGUGUAGGAUGGGGGGCUUGGGAUCAGCGACAGAGAUUCCCUUCGCGGCCUUCCCCGCCAACUUUGGGCAGCUCGAUCCCGAUGGCGGGAGCUUUCAGCUCCCGCUAAGCCAGUAACAAAUCGCCUGAUUCCGACGAAAGCUUUGCUUCUUGCUUCGACUAACCAGUGAGGAAUCGAUGAAGAUGUGACAGGUGCCAAGAAGGGCAAUGGACGGGAUUACUCAACAUUUUUUUCUUGAUUUCACUGCUCAGAUCUGCAGUUCCAUCCGAUGCCCGAACUCCCGACUCGUUCUUUCCAAAAAGAACCCCGGCGAAGGUGGGGCGGAAUUUGGUCAUCAAGGUGGACUGACAAAUGCCAAGAGGCCCUAAAUUCGUUACAUCAUCCGCCGCUCGCGCGAUUGCCGCGACCGCUGAAAGGCCUUGAUCGAAUACUGCCCGUGUAUAAAACCUCACCUUCCGCUGUCGCCAAAACCCCCGCUUCUUCAUAAUGAGCUCCAGACUACUCCGCCCCACCUUCCGAGCCCUUCGAGGAAUCCCACCAACCACCAUACCAAUCCCCACGAGGCAAUUCAGGACCAGCUCACCCAAAAUGGCCGUCCAGGAGCUCAAAUCGGUGGAACAAUUCAACACCCUCAUUGCCAGCAAGCCUCUCGUCGCCAUCGACGUGUGGGCUCAAUGGUGCGGUCCCUGCAGGUUCAUCUCGCCCGUGUUCGAAAAGCACUCCGAGAGCGACGAGUUCAAGGAUAAGAUCGUCUUCGCCAAGGUCGACGCCGACGAAGUUCCAGAUCUCUCCCAGGAGCUCGGCGUCCGAGCCAUGCCCUCUUUUUUCUUCUUCAAGGAUGGCGCGAAGGUGUCCGAUUUGGAUUUAGUCGGCGCGGACCCGGGGAGAUUAGAGAAAGGACUUAAAACACUAAUCGAAUAAGGGACUGCGCCCAUCGUAACCUUCAAAACUACGCAAGGGUGGGCUACGUGGCUGGAAGGCGGCUUGUAUCCGGGUAGAUAGCACUUGGGGGAAGGGUCGUACAAGUAUAGAGUAGAGAGAGAUUGCAUUCAA